AUGAAGAACAAGCUGUGGUACUUUGAGUUUGGCACCUCGGAGACCUUUGCUGCCACCUGCAAGAAACUCCAUGACCACGUAGAGUUGGAGUGUGACGGGGUUGGAGUGGACCUAAGCAACAUCUUCCUUGAAGGCAUUGCCAUCCUCAACAUUCCCAGCAUGUAUGGCGGCACCAACCUCUGGGGAGAAACUAAGAAGAACCGGACUGUGAUCCGGGAAAGCAGGAAGGUCAUCACUGACCCCAAGGAACUGAAAUUCUGUGUCCAAGGGCCUUCCUCACAGCCCCAGCUAAACCCUGAAGAUAAAGCCACAGGGCACGGCCGUGCCCUCCCUGCCCCGCCCAGCCACACAGACCUCCGGGUGGAGUCUCGCUGA